AUGGCUGGGUCAUUGCCGCUUGAAACUCUUCAGCACAUAUUCUCCUACCAACCGGACAGUCUGAUACAGUGCGCUUGUGUCUGUCCACAAUGGCAGGUCGCCGCUGAGACAUUCACCUUCGCCGACCUGCAUAUCAAUUCGGCGGGCCUUGAAAGCUUCCGUCAGAUUGUCACUUCCUCCCACACCCCCGGUCGAUAUUUCCAUGUCCAAUCUCUGUAUUUCAAGGUUGUUCUCCCUACGUACAGUGACUACGCCCGGCGCCACUAUGAAAAUGAACAUGAUCGCGACGCCAAUAACAAGGUCUUCACGCAAGCCAUAACAUCUCUCUUCGAAGUUUUGAGUUCGUGGCCCGAUUAUGAUCGGUACCAGAUAAAACUUCAGAUCUAUGCCCGGUCUCCAAGUGAUUGGCAAGCGGAGCCGGACUGGACUACCCGACGUGCCCGACAACAACUAGGCUAUGCUUUCCCAGAGCAGGAUCUGCUACACCGGCGGUACGAACGUAGCUAUCUGCAGCUGACAGAAAGGGUAGCACUUCAUGACGUCAAGUGCAUUACUACAUUGGAGGUGAAGGGCUGUGAGAUUGUCCGCAAUAUUGCACCGGUUGCGGUUUCCGGCAUGGUGGCUCAUUUUCCUCGACUGGAAACUGUCGUUGCUAGUCUCCGUCACAACGAGCUAGAGGACACCAGACUAUCUGAUAGUCUUGGAAGUGCCACCCCCGAGCGACAAAUUCCCCCCUCAUUCAACCCCAUCCCUGAUUUUCAGUGCCGUGCUUUGCACCAACUGACUCAGCAGCUGGAAAGCGUUGACUUGUCACAAAUCAUGAUCGGCCCUGAAUUAUUCUGGCCGGCAGAUCCCAGCAACACUACUCCGUUCUGGCCAAUUCUUACCAAAUUCGACGCGAGCUUCAAAUAUCCUUCCCCGUAUGGUUUCACUUCCUUUCGUGAAUCCCGAACAUUGGACGAAUCUUCCUCUCUUGAAUCAUCGGAUGACUCUGUCGAACAACCCAAUGACCAACAACAAAGUCUGCAUCCCCGAAUGUUGAGAAAGUACUUGUAUGAGUUGUUCCUCGCUGCUGGGCGCGCUGCCCAGUGUAUGCCUCGGUUGAAUCUCAUGCAAAUCGAUAUUGGUACACUUCGUGUGCCGGCAUUCGAGUUUUGUUUCAGAUACGAUGCAACUUUGGGCACAGCAACAUGGACGACCUUCUCGGAGUUCCGCCUGUCGAAUGAGGUUCAAGAGGCCUGGGAUUUGGUGGCAAAGAGUCAUGGACAUGCUCAGAUACGUGCAGAGGUUCUUUCUGCCGAGUCAAGUUUGUCCCCAUGA